ACGCAGGACGGCGGAGAGAUGGAGCAGAAGGAAGGGGAGCCCUCCUCCAAGGAUGGGACCAGUGUCUCCCCAGCCACAGAGGCCCCAGUGACACAGGGAGGCGGAGCCUCUGCUGAAGAGGAGGGAAGAGCCACAGUGGAGAGGACCCUCAAAGAGGGGCCUCCGGAUGGGGCCGGAAGGCAGGAAAGAGCACCAGCCGAGGAGAGCACUUCCGCUGAACUUCAGGGGGCAGCAAACGGGCUGGAUGAGGCCAAGGUGGAAUCCAAAGGGGAGGCUGAACUUCACAAGGAAGAUGGUGGGAAGGAAGAAGUCAUGGUGGCUCCUCACGAGAUGGCUGAUGGGAAGGAAGAGACGCAACUGGAACCCAAGGAGGCCACGCUGGCCUCUGAGAAGCCGUCGGCUGAGGAGAAGCAGGCCACGCCUGAAUCUGGGGAGGAAGCCCGUGUGAUCGAGGAGGCCGAGGCUGAGCCCAAGCAGGCCACUGGGGAGCCGGAGGCCGAGGCUGGAGCCGAGGAGGCUGAUGGGAAGGAGGAGGCCACAGCGGCCUCUCAGGAGGAGAGCGACCAGACAGAAGAGCCUGCAGCGGAAACUCAAGAGAAAGCCGAUGCCCCAGAGGCCGGGAUAGACUCUCAGGAGAAAGCUGCUAUGGAAGAGGCGGAGGCCAAGGCUGACGGGAAGGAAGCGGAGUCAGGGGGUCCCGAGCAAGAGCAGGACCAGGGUGCGGAGAGAGAGUCGGAGGAAGGAGCAGGAGUGGUUCCCAGCUCCCCCGAGGAAUGGCUCGAGAGCCCCACGGAGGAGGGCAGUGGCCUCAGCCCUGGUGGGGUGAGUCCAGACUCUGCAGCUUCGGGACAGACCAGUCCUUCCACCAGUGAGUCUUCACCAAGCGAUGCGCCCCAGAGUCCCACGGAGCCCCCUCCCUCACAGGAGAAGAAGAAAGAGAAGGCACCAGAGCGCAGGGUGUCAGCCCCUGUCCGGCCCCGGGGGCCCCGCGCACAGAACCGCAAAGCCAUCGUGGACAAGUUUGGCGGGGCAGCCUCGGGCCCCACGGCCCUGUUCCGAAACACGAAGGCCGCCGGGGCAGCCAUUGGCAGUGUCAAGAACAUGCUCUUGGAGUGGUGCCGGGCCAUGACAAGAAACUAUGAGCACGUGGACAUCCAGAACUUCUCCUCCAGCUGGAGCAGCGGCAUGGCCUUCUGCGCCCUCAUCCACAAGUUCUUCCCUGAUGCCUUCGACUAUGCCGCCCUGGAGCCCACGCAGCGCCGACACAACUUCACCCUGGCCUUCUCCACCGCUGAGAAACUGGCCGAUUGUGCCCAGCUGCUGGAGGUGGAUGACAUGGUGCGGCUGGCAGUGCCUGACUCCAAGUGCGUCUACACCUACAUCCAGGAGCUGUACCGCAGCCUGGUGCAGAAGGGACUGGUGAAGACCAAGAAAAAAUGAGGAGCUGACUGGCGCGGUAGGCGGA